UGCGCGUCUCGAGUAUCACCACCGUUUACAACAGACCUGCGUCGUCGAUUUAGCAGCGCGUUUCUCGAUCAGACCGACGACUACGCGCGUGAAUGGAAACGGAUAUGGUGGGUUAUGAGCACAGUAUGCAUGACAGUCCUAUGGACCCAACGAAAACAAGUGGUUCACAAUGGGGGCCAGGUUACCAUUGCAAGCAGCGUCGCAGCAUUCCAACAGGCUGGACUCCGGCAACUACGAGCACUAGCACGUAGGGAACGCGGAAAUCCAAGGACAAUAGUUCAAGGCACAAGAUUACUUAUCUGUUUGGAUCUCUUCCAGCGGGCACCAAGAGAGGCACCUCGACCAGAGGCGAGCCACGUACAGCCACCGGGAUCAUCUCGCUGA